AUCCCCUCUCCCUUUCCCUCUCCCUCUCCCUCUCUCUCUCUCUCUCUCUCUCGAUCUCUCUGUGUAUAUAUUCAUAAGAAAAUCUUCUUCCUUCUUCUUUCCCUGUACUGUUCCAUGAGAGAAAGAAUGGAGAGGUUUGUAGGCUUUCCCUUCUCAGUGAGCUGUGUCUCUCAGUCAAGCGUGGAUGUAUUAGAGACAAGCCAUCCAAGGAGAUCAAGAUCAGAGAGAGCACCUUCAACACCUCCAAUUAAUGAAGAAACAAGCGAGAGAGAUCUGGGAAAGAUGACGACGAAGGGUCUAACAGGAGCAAUUAACAUAAGCGCUGGAAUUCACAAAGCAGUAAUGAAAGGCAUCAAGAGCUUCUCACAACUGUUCUUUGAGAGAGAAGCAGAAGAUGAAUUAGAUAUAAUGGAGAUUGGAUACCCAACAGACGUUCAGCACGUUGGUCACGUAGGCGUGGAUGGGUCAACUGUAGCUGGUCUUGACGCCAUGGAUGGCUGGAGUAAAGCUCCUGACCAGCUCAGCUUCUUUCUUCCUCCGCUUUCUCUCAGGCAAUUUGAGCUUGCUGGCAUGAACCAUGCUGGAUGAGAUUAGUUUUGGACAGUUAAUUAAUUAGCUGGUUUUUGUGAAGGUCUUUGUUAGCUUGUUUUCUUCUUCUUGUUUCAUAUUUUGUUGCUUGAUGGAUUGCUCUUUUGUUAAAAGUUUGAUUGUAAAGGGCUGGGAAAAAAAAUUUGAUAUUAUAAACCU